AUGAUAAUGUAAAGAUAGGUCAGGGUGGGUUACGUUAGUACACAUCAUUCAAGAGUAGAAGAUACGUAUGUGAUAAUAUGACAACUUCAAAAGAAUUAAAUAUAGCGAGAAAGAGCCUCAUAGCUUCUCUGGGAGAGAAUGCUAAAGUUUAUUUCGAGAAGAUGAAGCUUUGGUUUCAAAUGAAGACAACAAAAGAGGAAUUUGAUUGUGAGGCUCGUAACAUGAUGACUGAAGAUCAAGUUCACCUUCACAAUGAGUUCCUUUUAUGUUUAUUUAAUAAAGUAAGAGGAUUAGCUGCUGCAACAACAGUUAGAACAUCAAAGCUCAAUAAUAUUCAUGGACAUCUUGAUAAAGAUAAAGUGUUAAAAGAGAAAAGGUUACGUUUGAAGCGUAAAUACAAAACAGACAAGUCCAAUUUUGAGCCAGCAGACAUGUAUGUAGAAGUUCUUGGUCAAACCUCAGCUCCUGUAGGGGAUGAACCAAUUGGAGCGAAUCGCUCCAGUGCUCAAGAACUUGUAUUGCCAGACCGAACAUUUGUACUAGCCAGGUUAAUGCUGGCUGCUUGGGAAAAUAAUAUGGAUGGUGCUGAGGAGAACACUGCUCACAUUAUUAUAGCUGCUACUAAAGUUUUCUUGAAAAAUAUACUUACUGCUAUUCUGACUAGGCAAAAAGGAUAUUCUGUUAAAGAAGGCAGUUUUAUUUAUAAUAUUGGAGAGCCGGUACCAAGUUCCUGGAAAAGGAAUACUACAUAUACUGCUGAAUCAUUUAAAUACAGUGCACCAACUAGAAUAGAAGAUCCUGAUGGUCAAGUACCUACAAUAAAACAAAAUGUGGAGGAAGUUGAACAGGCCACUGCAUUUGCUAUGGCUUGUUCUACGCAAACUACAAAACCUACACCUCAUUCUGUUACUGUAGCAGAUCUGCAACAAGCACUAAAGAUCUACAAAAAUCUUGUUUGCAAUCACACAAUAUAUGCGACAAAUAUGGAGAGAUUGUAUACUUACGCGACACAUCCGACAUGGGAUGAUUUGGACGCUCGAAAGAUGUUAUGUCGAAGUUCAAAAGAUUGAAAUUAUGGUCUUAUUCUUCGACGUAAUUCUUUCGUUCGUUUUAUAUAAGAAUUAAUACUUUGUGAGUUAAUACUAUUGAUACCAAUAGCAGAAAUUAGUACCUCAAAUGUGUAUAUAUAUUUCCUAUAACAAACUACAAUAUGCAAUUCUUAGAAAGCAAUAUGUCAUCUAUUAUAUGUUAAGAAAAAAUAGACGGCUUGUGUGUACAAAGAUUUUAUAUAUUUAGAGGCAGAUCUUAUCAGGCACUUCAAAAUAAUUGCAUGAAUUGGAUUGUUUAUACACUCCCAUAAAAUAGAUACGUGUAAGUAUAAUAAAAUCUGUGUUGUCCUAAUUUAGUUAUAAUUUAAUGUGUAAAUCAAGUACUGAAGUUUUACAUCAAAUUCGACAUGAAAUUAUUAAAGAUUGAUCUGCAGUAGUAUAAACGUAUCUUAUGUAUUAUAAAGCAAUUACAUUUUUUACGAAAUCAUAA